AUGGCUAGUUCCCCGCUGCGAGAUCGCGGACCGAAAAGGCCCCAGACGGUUGCUACCCCCCGUCAAAUAACCGCCGGAGAUCUCGGUGAGAAGUUCGAUGAGUUAUUGAUAGCGGCAACAACGACGCGAAGAGAGACUCCCAAAGAGGAUUUUGAGAAGCUCGUCGGGGAGCUUUCUAGUUAUGCAAAUACCAAUGGUUUGACACACGGGUAUCUGGAGAGUUUACUCCGCAUUCUUACUCUUCCAAAAACGUCGAUUGAUGCACCAAAAACGAGAACACUUGUGAAGUCACUGGUGCCUCUGGAAAGGGUAAAGCCAUCAACGGUUAUACAUUUGAUAAGCUCGUUAGGUGAGGGCGAAGGGAAGGCGGCAUACGCGACGCAAGCGUUACUCCUGAAAUGGCUGGUUAUGGUAUAUGAUUUUCUUGACAGUUAUGCCGUGUUGCAUCAAUUGUAUGGGAUACUGUUUAAUUUCCUCUACACGGCGAAUUUAAGGGCAUCAGCUUGUCAUUUGCUAGCUCUGUGCACGCGGAGGAAAGAUGUGAAGCCGUUUCGGAUCCAGGCUCUGAUGAAGCUGUAUGAGGAUCACAGUGAUGAAUCAGGGGUCGUGGGGCUGCUCCAGGUUUACCAAAGCUUCUACCCAGAUGUCAUUUUGAACGGUUCCCGGAAACGUUCUGUAUUCAAAAUUUGGGACCCGCUUUGGGUUCAGAAUGCCGCCUUGAUCCAAUCGAGGAGAGAGGAAACUCCUGAUGGCGAGGAUACAGAUCGUGAGCUGCAUCGUCGAAGGAGUACUAGAAUCCUCAAUAAAUCUAAGAAGGCUAUUGUUCCAAUACUUCAUACUUUCAAUGCCUCAGAAAACUCGAUUACCCUCGAAGAGAUUGACAGUGUGCGAAGUCUUGUUGACAAUCUCCAGAAGCUCGAGCUACCCAGUCAAGUUGGUGCAGUAUUCCAGGAUGACAUGUUUAGGAAUUUUGUCCUUCUGAAGGGAUCGGAUGAUAUCAUUUCAAGAUUGGAUAAUUGGACUUACGCGGCACUCUUUGACGAAUAUGAUAUUGAGAUUGCUGCUAAAUCAGCCUCAGAGCGCCUCGAGGUGUUCUUGAAGCAGAUAUUAGAUUAUACUGCGAUGGGAAAGGCUCUCUUACCAUCUGUAGAAGAUUUCCUGAAAGAGUAUGUGACGACAUGGAACGGAAAGUGGCAUAGAGAAGCUAUUCUAGGUCUUCUCUCGUUCGUCCCUUUUUUGAACCACAAGGAUUUGAAAGAUGUGUUUUUCGAUCGACUGGAGUCACUUCUCCAGAACGACUCGCCUGAGGAUGCGACUGCCUUGAUUCGCUUUCACACUUCUUUCGCCCGCAACAUCAUAAACCAACGCUCUGUUUCUCCGCACGAAGCGCUGGAUCCCGAUAUCCGCACAUCACUCCGCCAAUACUUCAACUACACCGACCAGCUUAAUUCACAGGCUAUCAUCAAUCAUCGGUCCCAAGCCUCCAUAAUCACAAUCCAACAUACAACCCUCGACUUCUACGAAGCUAUUGUUAAAAUCCCACUUACAAAUCCCGUGUUCGAAAUUGUCUACCCAGCCGACAUAAUAGUGUAUAGUAGCGUUUUCGUCGGAGAUGCGGUCGGCUUUUCACGAUUAUGUGGAAUUCUUGCGGAUUAUAAGAAGGCGUUCUUGGGUCAUGCUGAGCUUCGAUCUAAGAAUCCAGAUGUGGGAUAUAUCGAGCCAGAAAGACCAUAUGUUGACCACUUCAAUGGGUUUUUGAUGGAUAUCAGCAACUUCUUUUGGAGGUUUAGAUGUUUUUAUCACGAUCCUGCUAAGGAUACGAAUGCACUGGGUUGUUUGAUGAAAGAUGACUUCGUUGAAUGUCUCAACGCCGCUGCUAAUGCCCGCGAAUUCACACUAAACGGUCUCUUCACCUUAACCCACAGUCCCACGUUCUCACAUAUGAAUACCGACUGCCUCCGCUUCCUGGAAGAGCGCCACGAAGACACUCAUAAUCUUGUCCUACCAACUCGACAUGCGGGUCCAGUUACAUCUAAAUCUUUGAUGGGACUUGCUGGGGAUGGUGGCUACAGCCUUGAAUAUAGGGUAUUCAAGGUUGCGAGCUUGGAAUACUUGAGGCGUAAGGGAUUCGAUGGGGAGACCGAACAGCCUGAACUUCGCCGCCGAAAUGAGGAAGAGGGUUAUGAAGGGGAAGCAGAUGAUGAAAUGGACAUUGAUGAAGAGGUAGAUGAUGACGAAGAAGAAGAGGAAGAGGAAGAGGAGGAGGACAGUGAACUCAAAGGAAAUGAGGGAGACCAGUCAGUAGAUAAGAGUGAUGCCAUGGAAGAAUAG